AUGAGUUCUGCAAAUUUCAUGGAAUGGGUAAUUAGACAUGGGGGUCAAAAUUUCGGUAUCGAUAUCAGAGAUUGUCCAAACGAAGGUGGCAAGGGUUUAUUUGCGACAGCGGAUUUCCGUGAGAAUGAAGUGCUGGUAUCCAUACCGGAUGCACUUGUCAUUACAGCUGGUAGUGUUGCCGAUAUGGAAGAUAUGUGUGAAGUAUUUCAAAGGUCGGAAUAUCCAUUAUUGUUGAAGAUUAAUCACUUUCGUCUAAAACCUUUUGAAGCGUUAGUUUAUUUUUUCAUUGCGGAAAGGCAGCAGAAUUCAAAAUGGUUUCCUUAUAUGCAAGUUUUACCAACGUCAUUUUCAACUCCAGCUUAUCUAUAUCCGUUUUUGAAGUCAGAAGAUUUUCCAUUUAAGUCAAGAAAGCAAUGGUAUGAACAACAACAAGAGAUAUCUAGAAUGUAUCGUCGGUUUGUGGCAAUUUUGGGUGAGACCACAAAUUGGGAUAAGUUUUUAUGGGCUUGGCAUAUUGUGAAUACAAGAUGUAUGUAUCGCAAUAAUAAACCUCAUCCACUUAUUGACAGCAGUAAAGGCGAUACUCUUGCUAUUGUUCCAUUAAUCGACAUGCUCAACCACAUAAAACUACUUUACGAAUCCUUAAAUAACCACUUGAUUGCAAACAGAUCAGUUCAUAAAGGUGACCAAGUAUUUGUUUGCUAUGGAAGUCAUUCGAAUGAAUUACUCUGGAUUGAAUAUGGCUUUCGUUUGGAGCGCAACAUUUGCAACAAAGUAGAAAUACCGCUAGGUUGUUUGAAUUUUUUAUUCAAGUUAUUCGAUAUGUAA